GAAAGCCGUUUGCGCAAAGUGCAGCACCCAUUGCGUGUCGUCUCUCUACAAACAACAAAUUUAGUGUUUAACGAUUGUGAUAAACGUCGCAAAUAGUGCCAAAAUAGAACGAAAAUAUGGAGGACGACCAACAAUUUUGUUUACGAUGGAACAAUCACCAAUCAACAUUGGUGGCAGUCUUCGACACAUUAUUAGAGAAUGGGACGCUCGUCGACUGUACAUUAGCUGCCGAAGGAAAAUACCUUAAUGCUCAUAAAGUAGUAUUAUCAGCUUGCAGUCCAUAUUUUGAGUCGUUAUUAUCACAAAAUUACGACAAGCACCCAAUAUUCAUACUAAAAGAUGUGAAAUACCAAGAAUUAAAGGCGAUGAUGGACUACAUGUACCGUGGCGAAGUAAACAUCUCCCAAGACCAAUUGGGUGCGUUAUUAAAGGCAGCCGAAUCCUUACAAAUCAAGGGCCUGUCGGACAAUAGAAAGGGCGAGACUGAAACGAAAAAGACGGUGGCGCCACCUCCGCCGCCCCCCGUUUCGAAAAGUCCCCCCCCGAGCGCGGCCUUACCCCGCGUUCAAGGCCUCACGAUAGAACAAAGACGCAGAGAGAUGGAAGAAAGUCGCGAAGGAUCGCAAUCGCCAGGGGCGCGUAAGCGAAAGAGAAUCCGACGACGCAGUCUCGAAGAUAUCGAGAAUCAUCAUGAUGCCUCGAACUCGUCCGAAUCUCAUCAUAGUAGCAGCCACGCGCCCGCCCAGAACAUUCCCACAGCGCUCUCCGCCGCGGCGGCAGCUCCAAUUAAGGUGGCCCCGCCAUCGACCGACGUGCCUGAACCAGUAGAGUCCAAGUCGGAGAUACUGACUAGGCACAAGCCGCCUACAGCUAUAGUGGCCGCCGCAGCCGGAGACCCGGAGAUCACUCAAGUUCCUACUAAAGAAAAACUAGAAACACAUUCUGAACUGAUGCUAGAACCAAAGGCUGAAUAUAUCGACGAAAUGAAUGAGGACAGUAUUGAAGAUUUGACGCUUGAUGAUGAUGAUAUUAGUAAUAUGGAGCAGAUGGAUGAUAGCGGUGCAGGGCCUAGUCAUGGGAAUUUAGGCGAAGCUUCCGGACAAGGAUUUGGCGGUUGGCAUAUGGGAAAUCAAAGUCAAGAUGAAGUGUUUUUAGCAGCACAAGAAGCUGUUGGGGCUCACCGCGACUCUCAAGAUCCUGAUGAAUGUUAUCACAACUGCUUACAAUGCGCCAGAAAGUAUAAAAAUAAAGCUUCGUUAUACAGACAUUUAAAAUACGAAUGUAAUAAAGUUCCAGCGUUCGUUUGUACUAUUUGUACCAAGACGUUUAAACAAAAAGGAAAUUUGAAGCAACACAUUAUCAGCGUGCAUAAAGUACUAUAACUAUGUCAUUAUUAAUGUAUUAGUAUCUACACGGAGGGAAAUUAUUCUUAAAAACAAGUAUAAGAUACUCUUAAAACAAGAAUAUUUUGUUGUUUUAAAAAUAGAAAUAUUAUCCAAUGAAGUAUAUCAUAUUCUUAGCAUCGGAGAAUAUCAAUUUUUUGUAUCAAAAAAUUCAUUCUUACAUCAAUAACUUAUAAUACUCAAAUGAAGAAUUAUACAAGAUUGUUGUUACAUGAAUAAGAUUUUCUAAAAAGAAAGAUACGUCAUUCUUGACUUAAGAAAUCUAUUUUCGAUUAGAAAAUGGGAUUUUUGACGCAUCACUAAGAAUUCGUUUUCUUGAGAAUCAAUGAUAUUUGUAUACUUGCUUUGAGACAAAAUGAUCUUCUUGUGAAUAUACAAGAAUAUGAUAAGCUUGAGUCAAGAGUAAUAAUCAUCGUUCAAGAAUAUAUUUCUCUCAGUGUAUGUAUGUUAGGUUUUCAGGUCAGAUUAUCAGGUUUUCAAGAUAAUUAUUUAAAGUAAUUUUUUAUGAUAAUGUAAGUUUUUUAACUUUUAGAGUAACUAAUCCAUCUUAAAAAUCAAAAGGAAACACUUUUCUUCCUGUAUAUUUCCUCACUUCCAUUCUAGUAUUUUCAAAAAAAAAAAACUGUUAUUAAUAGCUGUGGUAACUCAUAACAAGUUUCCUCUGCCCAAGAAUGCUGACUUUAUAAGCUCGCUUGGUACUUCAUCAAUGAUACAAUAAAAAUUGGCUGAUGUCAAAUAAAUGCCAACGAAUCGCAGCAUCUUCUGCAACAAGAGCACCAAGGUGAUCACCAUUAAGAUGCAAUCUCUUUGAAGUACAUACUUCAUGUUCAUAAUCAUCGUAGUAUGCGUACUGUUCUUAUCAGUUCAUUCUAAAUCAACCCAUUAAUCAUCACCGAGUCUAAUCCAUCAUUCGUAGUUGCCAACUUAACCAACCUGAAAUCUUGGUAUUAUAAUAUUAUUAAUUUUCAACGUCAAACAAUUUUUUAACUCAAAAACUAAACAUGAUGGAAAGAAGUGUUUACUACACAAAAACUGUUAUUGCCUCUAAGUACUCACCAAAAACACUAUUUCAAAGAGCUAACUAUAUGGCGUUUCGGCGCUCUGAUGUACAAAUAAAUCUGUUAAUUGAGAUCUCUCCUCUAUCUCCUGUUUAUAGCGUUUCCUGUCUUUACUUCCGCUUGUAGUUUUUCUCGAACCUGGUACAAUGAAAGGUCUGAUACACUCCACUCAAACCAACACACACCUGACUCCAGUGUUUUUACUUCUUUCAUAUAGCCCCCUAAGGAACCAUACUCUGUGAUCGCUGGAUUCACGUAAUUAUCUAUAGAUGGUACUUUUUUUUGCCACACCGAUGCAUCUUUAAUCAAUACGCUGGCCCAACCCAUACGUCUCUGCAAUCUGUCCUGCCAUUUCUUCAUCAACUCUUAUUUUUAACUGUGUUGCCUUUAGUCUUUCAAUUUUAUUGUUGGAAGAAUAUGGUUGUUUCCCUUUACAAGGAGCUCCAACUGGUAUGCAGAUAUUAUUGCGAUCGCAUACUUUCUCUGAAUAGUACAAAGCACGUUCACUUAGUUUUUAUACUUUAAUGCAUUCUCGUACAUUAUUAAUUAUAUUAUCGUACAUGUUAGUACUUGUCUUAUUCGAUUGAUCACCGAUUCUAGAUAUCAGCCUGGACAUGAUGCUCUGCGUUUUGGCCAUCUUCUCGUAGAAAAUGUCUCAAUAUGCGUCUUCAUCUUUAGAUCAUUGUGUUGAGUUACCCUCAGAUACUUGACUACUUUGAUGGCAACCUCGUUAAUAAGAGAGUAGCCAUUUGGUUUACAAUAUCAAAAAAAAUAAUGUCUUCCGCUACAAUUUAUGCAUUCUUGGAGUCGUGCCUGAAAGUUUUGCAUAACUCUGCAAGAAAGAAGUUGCAGGCGGUUAGGUCGGGAGACCGAGGGGGCCAACUGAUAUCCCCGUUUCAAAGCAUUUACAGCAUUCAUUGAAAUUCUUGCAGUGUGACUUGUUGCCCCGUCUUGUUGAAAAACUGUGUGUUCAUUCACUGGAAAGCCUUCAAGUUGUGGUGUGAGAAAAUUCUGAAUCAUUGCAACGUGUCGUACAGAAUUAACGGUAACGGUAUUUUCAGCAUCAUUCUCAAAAAAAUAUGGACCGAUGAUUCCAUUUGACGAAAUCUCACCAUUUUGAAAAUAGGCUUUAAUUGCGUAACCACGAUGCUCACCUUGGCAAGUCGGCUACUUUCUUCCCCAUCACUUCUCGGCGCGCUGUAAACCCUACCUCAAAUCUUUCCUUUUCAUUGCCGGACCCUGUAUAUGCAAUUUCUUCUUUUUAUACUUUAAUGUAUUCUCCUACGCAGGAAGCAUCAUAAAGAACCACGAUGUUGAUCGUACAUGUCAGUACUUUUCUUUUCUUAUUCGAUUAGUCACCGAUUCUGGGUAUCAGCCUGGACAUGAUGCUCUGCGUUUUGGCGGUCUUCUCGUAGAUGGGCUCAAUAUGCAUCUUAAUCUUUAGAUCAUUGUAUUGAGUUACUCUCAGAUACUUAACUACUUUGAUAGCAACCUCGUUAAACUUCCUUCUUCCCUUCAGAAUUAUCAGUCUUGGAUUCUUCCAAAUUUAGCCCCAUAUCUGUUAAGCACCCUGCCAUUAUUUUGAUGGAGUACUCAAUUCUUUCUAUUUCUAUAUGCAUUUUUUUAUACUUUAAUGUAUUCUCCUACGCAUGAAGCAUCAUAAAGAACCACGAUGCUAAUCGUACAUGUCAGUAGUUUUCUUUUCUUAUUCGAUUGGUCACCUAUUCUUGAUAUCAGCCUGGACAUGAUGCUCUGCAUUUUGGCCGUCUUUUCGCAGGUGGUCUCAAAUGCGUCUCCAUCUUUAGAUCAUUGUGUUGAGUUGCUCUCAGAUACUUGACUACUUUGAUGGCAACCUCGUUAAACGUCCUUCUUCCCUUCAGAAUUAUCAUUCUUGAAUUCUUUCAUCUUUAACCCCAUAUCUAUUAAGCACCCUGGCAUUAUUUUGAUGGAGUACUCGAUUCUUUCUAUUUCUAUAUGCAAUUUCUUCUUUUUAUACUUUAAUGUAUUCUCCUACACAGGAGGCAUCAUAAAGAACCAUGAUGCUGAUCGUACAUGUCAGUACUUUUCUUUUCUUAUUCGAUUGGUCACCGAUUCUAGGUAUCAGCCUGUACAUGACGCUCUGCGUUUUGGCCAUCUUCUCGUAGAUGGUCUCAAUAUGCGUCUUCAUCUUUAGAUCAUUGUGUUAAGUUACCCUCAGAUACUUGACUACUUUGAUGGCAACCUCGUGAAACUUCCUUCUUCCCUUCUGAAUUAUCAGUUUAGUCUUGGAUUCUUCCAUCUUUAGCGCCAUAUCUGUUAAGCACCCUGCCAUUCUUUUGAUAAAGUAUGUACUCAGUUCUUUCUAUUUCUAUAUACAAUUUCUUUUCUGUGGUAGCCUGCAACUUACUCUUUUGUCCCUUUAGAAACAAAGUAGUUCUCUUCGAUAGGUAGAUACAUAGCUUAUUGUAGGUGUUGUGACUUCUAUGUAUUGUAGAGCCUUCUUAACAUAUCCCCAGGGUACUCAGUUAAAGGCGAUGUCUAUUAAAUCAUCACGCUAAAACCUAUGUGUGAGUGAUCUUCUUUUGCUCACCAUGUCGGUUACCUACUAUCUCGGUUUCUUAAUAUCUCUUCUUAGUUUUUGCAUUCUUUUAUUUUUUAGUUCUUGGUCAAGAACUAUAUUAGUUCCUUAUUAUUGAAUUUCAGCUUCUAGUAGCUCGUGAGCGCACCACUUCUUGUUGCAGCCGACCUGAGUAGGCCUCCAAAUUACUUUGGUCACCUCUCUUUAUGUCUUCUCUCUCCCAUUCUUCUUCUCGGUGACCAUCUUGAAUUGCCUUUUUAUAGUCUUUUUGUGAUCUUUCUCAUUCUUCUGUUGUUCCUGCUGUUUUUCUGCAUAUCCCUCUGUCUCCAUCUCCUAAUUCACAAUUAGUACUUCUUGAACCAUCAGUUAACUAACUACCACGUUCAUAAAUCAUUAUUAUAACAUUUUAAGUCACAUCUUUUGAAAGCGAUAAACUUACAUUUUAUAACAAAAUUACUAAAUACACUUAAAUCAUUUAAAAUUAAAUUAUAUAUUAAAGUGAUAUGAUCCUUAAAAAUUUUCGAUCUCAAUUAUACAACCAUUCUGUAAUGAUAAUUAAUAAAAUUAUUUCAUAUUUA